UCUUCGGUUGUGAUCUGGGAGAGUAGGCUAGUUGCCUCAUGAUUGGUGAUUAGGUUCUAGGCUACCACUGAUACAUCCUUGAACAGAGGAACAGAGAUCGACAUACAGCAGCACAAUGGCCAGAAAUCGUAAAGACAGAGAUAGCUGGGGCUCGUUCACAGAUAAGGGCAUAUAUGAUUGGAGCUCAGAGGAGGAGGAGCCAGAUGGGAAGGCGCGGCCUGUGCAAGUGCUGGUUGUCAAGGACGACCACUCUUUCGAGCUGGAUGAGGUGGCCCUCAGCCGCAUCCUGCUGUCGGAGGAAGUGAGGGACCGUGAAGUGGUGGCCAUUUCAGUGGCCGGAGCUUUCCGGAAGGGCAAGUCCUUUCUCAUGGACUUCAUGCUGCGCUACAUGUACGACCAGGCUUCAGAGAGUUGGUUGGGUGAUCCGGAGGAGCCUCUUACUGGGUUUUCAUGGAGGGGAGGAUCUGAGAGGGAGACCACUGGGAUCCAGAUCUGGAGUGAGGUCUUCCUGGUUGAUAAACCAGAUGGCACGAAGGUGGCCGUGCUGCUUAUGGACACCCAGGGGACAUUUGACAGCCAGUCCACUCUGAGGGACUCUGCCACAGUGUUUGCCCUCAGCACCAUGAUCAGUUCCAUGCAGGUGUACAAUAUCUCCCAGAACGUCCAGGAGGAUGAUCUUCAGCAUCUACAGCUCUUCACUGAGUAUGGUAGACUAGCCAUGGAGGAAACAUUCCUGAAACCAUUCCAGUCCAUGAUCUUCCUGGUGCGGGACUGGAGCUUUCCUUACGAGUUCUCGUAUGGUCAGGAAGGAGGGAUGAAGUUCCUGGAAAAGAGACUGAAGAUCUCAGAGAACCAGCAUGAGGAGCUGCAGAAUGUGCGGAAACACAUCCACUCCUGCUUCACAAACAUCUCCUGCUUUCUGAUGCCUCACCCAGGCCUCAAGGUGGCCACCAACCCACACUUUGAUGGACGACUUCAAGAGAUUGACCCUGAGUUCACCAACCACCUGCGUGUGCUCGUGCCCUGGCUGCUGAGUCCGCGCAACCUGGACGUCAAGGAGAUCAACGGCAGCAACAUCACCUGCCGAGGCCUGCUCGAGUACUUCAAGGCAUACAUAAAAAUAUACCAAGGGGAAGAACUGCCACACCCCAAGUCCAUGCUACAGGCUACAGCUGAGGCUAAUAACCUGGCAGCUGUUGCAGCAGCCAAAGACCUCUACAGCAAGAAGAUGGAGGAGGUGAGCGGUGGCGACCGUCCCUUCCUGGCUCCCAGCGAGCUGCAGGCGCGCCACGUGGAGAUCCGGCAGGAGGCGCUGGCCGUGUUCCGCGGCGUCAAGAAGAUGGGCGGGGAGGAGUUCAGCCGCCGUUACCUGCAGCAGCUGGAGGCGGAGGUGGACGAGCUCUUCGUGCAGUACAUCAAGCACAACGACUCCAAGAACAUCUUCCACGCCGCGCGCACCCCCGCCACGCUCUUCGUGGUGAUCUUCAUCAUGUACGUGGCGGCGGGCAUCACGGGCUUCGUGGGCGUGGACGUGAUCGCCAGCGUGUGCAACAUGGUGCUGGGCCUGGCGCUCAUCACGCUCUGCACCUGGGCGUAUAUCCGCUACUCGGGCGAGUACCGUGAGCUGGGCGCCGUCAUCGACCAGGUGGCCGGCGCACUCUGGGACCAGGGAAGUACAAAUGAGGCUCUAUACAAGCUGUACAACGCAGCAGCCAAUCACCGCCACCUUUACAACCACGCCUUCCCUGGCCAAGGCCCGGAACAGCAGGAGGAAGAGAACAGAAGGAGGAACUGAGCGGCAGACCGCAAAGGAUCAAAGGUCCUGCCAGGAGCAUGGUGGA